AUGACAGCUAAUGAAAAUCCUUUUGAGAAUGAGCUGACAGGAUCUUCUGAAUCUGCCCCCCCUGCAUUGGAAUCGAAGACUGGAGAGUCUCUUAAGUAUUGCAAAUAUACCGUGGAUCAGGUCAUAGAAGAGUUUCAAACGGAUGGUCUCAAAGGAUUGUGCAAUUCCCAGGACAUCGUAUAUCGGAGGUCUGUUCAUGGGCCAAAUGAAAUGGAAGUCGAAGAGGAAGAGAGUCUUUUUUCGAAAUUCUUGUCAAGUUUCUACAGCGAUCCAUUGAUUCUGUUACUGAUGGGUUCCGCUGUGAUUAGCUUUUUGAUGUCUAACAUUGAUGAUGCGAUAUCUAUCACUAUGGCAAUUACGAUCGUUGUCACAGUUGGAUUUGUUCAAGAGUAUCGAUCCGAGAAAUCAUUGGAGGCAUUGAACAAGUUAGUCCCUGCCGAAGCUCAUCUAACUAGGAAUGGGAACACUGAAACUGUUCUUGCUGCCAACCUAGUCCCAGGAGACUUGGUGGAUUUUUCGGUUGGUGACAGAAUUCCGGCUGAUGUGAGAAUUAUUCACGCUUCCCACUUGAGUAUCGACGAGAGCAACCUAACUGGUGAAAAUGAACCAGUUUCUAAAGACAGCAAACCUGUUGAAAGUGAUGACCCAAACAUUCCCUUGAACAGCCGUUCAUGUAUUGGGUAUAUGGGCACUUUAGUUCGUGAUGGUAAUGGCAAAGGUAUUGUCAUCGGAACAGCCAAAAACACAGCUUUUGGCUCUGUUUUCGAAAUGAUGAGCUCUAUUGAGAAACCAAAGACUCCUCUUCAACAGGCUAUGGAUAAACUUGGUAAGGAUUUGUCUGCUUUUUCCUUCGGAAUCAUCGGCCUUAUUUGCUUGGUUGGUGUUUUUCAAGGUAGACCCUGGUUGGAAAUGUUCCAGAUCUCUGUAUCCUUGGCUGUUGCUGCGAUUCCAGAAGGUCUUCCUAUUAUUGUGACUGUGACUCUUGCUCUUGGUGUGUUGCGUAUGGCUAAACAGAGGGCCAUCGUCAAAAGACUGCCUAGUGUUGAAACUUUGGGAUCCGUCAAUGUUAUCUGUAGUGAUAAGACGGGAACAUUGACCCAAAAUCAUAUGACCGUUAACAGAUUAUGGACUGUGGAUAUGGGCGAUGAAUUCUUGAAAAUUGAACAAGGGGAGUCCUAUGCCAAUUAUCUCAAACCCGAUACGCUAAAAGUUCUGCAAACUGGUAAUAUAGUCAACAAUGCCAAAUAUUCAAAUGAAAAGGAAAAAUACCUCGGAAACCCAACUGAUAUUGCAAUUAUUGAAUCUUUAGAAAAAUUUGAUUUGCAGGACAUUAGAGCAACAAAGGAAAGAAUGUUGGAGAUUCCAUUUUCUUCGUCCAAGAAAUAUCAGGCCGUCAGUGUUCACUCUGGAGACAAAAGCAAAUCUGAAAUUUUUGUUAAAGGCGCUCUGAACAAAGUUUUGGAAAGAUGUUCAAGAUAUUACAAUGCUGAAGGUAUCGCCACUCCACUCACAGAUGAAAUUAGAAGAAAAUCCUUGCAAAUGGCCGAUACGUUAGCAUCUUCAGGAUUGAGAAUACUGUCGUUUGCUUACGACAAAGGCAAUUUUGAAGAAACUGGCGAUGGACCAUCGGAUAUGAUCUUUUGUGGUCUUUUAGGUAUGAACGAUCCUCCUAGACCAUCUGUAAGUAAAUCAAUUUUGAAAUUCAUGAGAGGUGGGGUUCACAUUAUUAUGAUUACAGGAGAUUCAGAAUCCACGGCCGUAGCCGUUGCCAAACAGGUCGGAAUGGUAAUUGACAAUUCAAAAUAUGCUGUCCUCAGUGGAGACGAUAUAGAUGCUAUGAGUACAGAGCAACUGUCUCAGGCGAUCUCACAUUGUUCUGUAUUUGCCCGGACUACUCCAAAACAUAAGGUGUCCAUUGUAAGAGCACUACAGGCCAGAGGAGAUAUUGUUGCAAUGACUGGUGACGGUGUCAAUGAUGCCCCAGCUCUAAAACUGGCCGACAUCGGAAUUGCCAUGGGUAAUAUGGGGACCGAUGUUGCCAAAGAGGCAGCCGACAUGGUUUUGACUGAUGAUGACUUUUCUACAAUCUUAUCUGCAAUCCAGGAGGGUAAAGGUAUUUUCUACAACAUCCAGAACUUUUUAACGUUCCAACUUUCUACUUCAAUUGCUGCUCUUUCGUUAAUUGCUCUGAGUACUGCUUUCAACCUGCCAAAUCCAUUGAAUGCCAUGCAGAUUUUGUGGAUCAAUAUUAUCAUGGAUGGACCUCCAGCUCAGUCUUUGGGUGUUGAGCCAGUUGAUAAAGCUGUGAUGAACAAACCACCAAGAAAGCGAAAUGAUAAAAUUCUGACAGGUAAGGUGAUUCAAAGGGUAGUACAAAGUAGUUUUAUCAUUGUUUGUGGUACUCUGUACGUAUACAUGCAUGAGAUCAAAGAUAAUGAGGUCACAGCAAGAGACACUACGAUGACCUUUACAUGCUUUGUAUUCUUUGACAUGUUCAACGCAUUAACGACAAGACACCAUUCUAAAAGUAUUGCAGAACUUGGAUGGAAUAAUACUAUGUUCAACUUUUCCGUUGCAGCUUCUAUUUUGGGUCAACUAGGAGCUAUUUACAUUCCAUUUUUGCAGUCUAUUUUCCAGACUGAACCUCUGAGCCUCAAAGAUUUGGUCCAUUUAUUGUUGUUAUCGAGUUCAGUAUGGAUUGUAGACGAGCUUCGAAAACUCUACGUCAGGAGACGUGACGCAUCCCCAUACAAUGGAUACAGCAUGGCUGUUUGA